AUGCAAGAGAUUAUAUUCGUUACUAGUAACAAGGCUAAGUUAGCCGAAGUCCAGGCCCUUCUAAACUCUGAGUCCAUGCGUUUUACUAUCAGUAAUGAGCCGUUGGACUUAUUGGAAAUACAAGGCUCCGAUCUAGAAGUCAUUGCGCUUGAGAAGUGCAAGGAGGCUGUAAAGAACCUUGGACCUGACAAAAAGGUCUUCAUUGAGGACACUGCAUUGUCCUUCGAUGAGUUUGACGGUCUACCAGGAGCUUACAUAAAAUGGUUCCUCAACAUGGGACUGCCUAAAAUUGUCAGUAUGCUUGCUGGAACAGACAAUAAAGCGGCCACAGGUAUCACUACUGUUGUCUUUUACGACGGCGAAGGAAUGUAUCACACCUUUCAAGGGCGCUGUGAUGGCCGCAUUGUUGAUGCUCGCGGAUCAACCAAGUUUGGCUGGGACCCUAUCUUCGAGCCUAACAACGGGAACAACUUAACCUAUGCAGAAAUGGACAGCAAAACAAAAAAUGCCAUCUCACACAGAUCCAAGGCAUUCAAAGCCUUCAAAGAGUUCCUGCGGUUACAGCUAUAG